AUAGAUCAUUUCUGGACUUUGAUCACGUGAUGUUGAUAACAGCGUACGAUAUCAACAAUCAGAGAAAUGGACUGGCAGAAGUGGGUACUAUAUGCACAGACUUAAGUGUAUCUGCCGUGGAAAACACGUUUGAUUUUGUUGGAGCGUUGGUCAGUGCACAUGAACUUGGACAUAGCCUUGGAGCACGUCAUGAUGGCGAGGGCAAUAUCUGCAACAGUGAAGACGGUUUCAUCAUGGCUGCUACCAUAAACCCAGGAAAUCCAGCGAUAGGUGUAAACCCCUGGGCGUUUUCCGCGUGCUCCAUACAGGACUUCCGGCGAAUCGUCGACAAGCUAAACAGUUUAAUGUCCAGAGAAAAUAACAACUGCCUUCUUGUACGAAAUGUUGGCGAUGCUCCGAUCACUCCACCUAGCGAAGCGCUCGGACUGUUUUACAGCGUGGACAAGCAGUGUGAACUCUCAUUCGGAACUGGAUUCUACUUCUGCCGGUCGCCAGAUGUUCCAUUACGUGGUAUAUGUGAUGGAAUGCAAUGCUGCCACCCCUCUAAGAACGGAUUGAUCCUAUUUCCGGCAAGGGGGACAACCUGUGGGAACAAACGAGUGAGUAUGAGAAUUAACCAGAAAUAUAUCACUGAGUGGUGUGUGGGAGGUAUGUGUCUGCAAGAUGAAGCGGCCCCCGAAGUCGACGAGUCAUGUCCCUUUGGUGAUCAGCCGGGCCAAGUAGUAGACGGUCAGACCUGCGCACAGCUGAUUAGCCAGUUUCCCGGGAAGUGUCAUUCGAGAGAUGCCCCCAGGCUAUGUUGUGGGUCUUGUCAGAUGUACUGCAACGGAACCAAGGGUUGUGAGUUCGGCGACAGGGGUGAAGUUUGCGCAGGUGCAGAUUUUAAGAGACAGCAAUGUUACGACAAUAACGAUUUGUGCUGCGAAACAUGUGACAUGCUGAAAGAUAAGGACAACGCUGGUAGGCCAUUCAGAAGUCCUGUAAUAAAUGACUAG